UCAAACAGAUGUAACUCCGCCUUGUGUUUCCACGGUUCUUAACAGCCACCGCGUCUUGCGCCUCCACCAGUACCGAAGGUAACUCCUUCGCGUGCGUAAAGCUCCUGGACACCAUGAGGACGUCGCGCACUGAAUCACUUCUUCAAACAUCUACAGACUAACAGAAAACACAAAUAUUAUUUUGUUUUAGUAGGCAAGACGGGAAACGAAGAAGUAUUUCAGGUGAAUUUGUGCACAUUUUGGCUUCUGCCGUGCGUAUUUCCGCUUGAACUGAUGCCUCACACUCGAGCCGCUGCGCGAUUCGAUUAUUUUCUGAAGAGUAAAUAAUGUGCAAAGAAAAUAAAGGAUCCAGAGGGAGCUAACUGUGGACUCAUUGGGAUUUAAUGGUCGGUGCCCUCAAAAACAAAGAUUCAGUCAAACUUAUGGCGUGAAGGGCCCCUCCCUGGCCUUCAUCACUCACAGCUAAUGGAUGUCCUUACCCAGUAUGGCUACAAUGACAGUUUCUAUGAGAACGGAACAUGGAGCUACAACGAAACAGAACAGGAGCAGAGGCGUCCGUACAACUACUACGCCAUGCUUCUCACUCUUCUCAUCUUUGUCAUUGUAUUUGGCAAUGUGCUGGUGUGUAUGGCAGUGUCCAGGGAAAAGGCUCUGCAGACCACCACCAACUACCUGAUCGUCAGCCUGGCUGUCGCUGACCUUCUGGUGGCCACGCUGGUGAUGCCCUGGGUGGUCUAUCUAGAGGUAGUGGGAGAGUGGCGCUUUAGCAAGAUCCACUGUGACAUCUUUGUCACUCUCGAUGUGAUGAUGUGUACGGCGAGCAUCCUCAAUCUUUGUGCCAUCAGCAUUGAUCGAUAUACAGCAGUUGCCAUGCCGAUGCUGUACAACACACGCUACAGUUCCAAGAAACGAGUCACUGUAAUGAUCUCUGUGGUCUGGGUGCUGUCUUUUGCCAUUUCGUGUCCCCUGUUGUUCGGCCUAAAUAACACAGCUACUCGUGAUGAGACUCUCUGUGUGAUCGCCAAUCCAGCCUUUGUGGUGUACUCCUCCAUCGUGUCCUUCUACGUGCCCUUUAUCAUCACCUUGCUGGUUUAUGUGCAAAUUUAUGUGGUCCUGAGGAAGCGCAGGAAACGUGUGAACACCAAGCCAAAGCGUCGCGUCUGUCAGCCUGCUGAAACGGACGUAGCCACUUCGCUGAAGGACAAGUGCACUCAUCCAGAGGAUGUGAGGUUGUGUACCAUGAUUGUUAAAUCUAAUGGAAGUCUACCCAUGAACAAGAAGAAAGUGAUUUUUAUCAAAGAUGCGGCCACUGAGGGGGAAGAUUUGGAGCUAGAUGAGCUGAACAACAGUGGCAGCAGCCAGAAGCAGAAACAUCAGGCACAGGGUGUUCUUGGAGACACUCCGGCCACCAGCCACCAGCAGCUAAUGCCUGACAAGGCCAAUGCUAGCCCCACCUCCACACCUCCCACACCUCCUGAGGAGGGCCACAAAGCGGAGAAGAAUGGCGAGCCCAAGGAGGCUCUGUCAGAGCCAGCGCCUGUUAUAGCCAAAACCUUCCAGACGCAAGCCUUACCUAAUGGCAAGACUCAGACUUCUGUUAAAACCAUGAGCAAGAGAAAGAUCUCCCAGCAGAAGGAGAAGAAAGCUACUCAGAUGUUAGCCAUUGUUCUUGGUGUAUUCAUCAUUUGUUGGCUGCCAUUUUUCAUCACACAUAUCCUGAACACCCACUGCACCAAAUGCAAAGUUCCCGCUGAGAUGUAUAACGCGUUCACUUGGCUGGGCUACGUGAACAGCGCUGUAAAUCCCAUCAUAUACACCACCUUUAAUAUCGAGUUCAGGAAGGCGUUCAUUAAGAUCCUGCACUGCUGAGCUGCUGCAUCUCUUACUGAUCUGACUGGAGGAGAAGUGAAAACUAAAAAGGGUUAGGCCAUCUCUUCUGGCAAAUACCUCAUCCUGUUCAGGAAAAAAUGCACCACAUGGGAAAACUGCAAUCGGAGUUUUAAGAAACAAAGAGAAAAGAAGAAGAAAAACAGCAGAGUGUCUCCUUGGAAGGCAUGUUGGCUCUGUGUGUGAAUUGUUUGAGGAGUUGUGCUCUCCAAAUAACUGAAUGUAAAACAAGAAAAGUCUGUAACAAUGUGGAAGAAAAAAAAGUAACAUUGUUCUCCGAAGUCAUUGUGCUUGUUACGUAAGGAGCCAUCUGUGUAUAACUACACACAUGCAAGUUGCAAACUGAUUUUCUGUGUGUGUGUGUGUGCGUGCGUGCGUGCGUGCGUGCGUGUGUGUGUGUGUGUGUGUGUGUGUGUCUGUCAAUUUUAUGUUUUAAUGAUUAUGAAAAAACUUCUGGAAAUCCCAAAAAUAUCACAUCAGUGUUCAUUGCAGUGUUAAUCAGCUCUCUCACUGAGGGGAAUGUGUGUCGAAGAGAAGAUUAACUUUCUGUAAAAUGUGACGAUGCCAAUAUCUGCAGUUUUGCAGUUUUAUAAAUUAAGCUCUUAUCAUUAUUAUUUUGUUUGCUGUAAUGUACAUAGUUUUAAAACACAGUAACUGUGAUUAUAUGCCUGCAAUGGAAAUGUGAUGCAUGCUACACCACUCCUCUAUUUGACUUUUCAUAAAAAAAUUUUAAAAAUGUAUGUACAAAAUACCAAAAGAAUUCCCAAAAAAUAAAAUACCCAUGUUAAGUUCCACAUAGCAAUGUUUACAAUAUAUGAUUUAUUAAUUACUUGUCACUGAUAUGAUAAAUGUUGGUGCUAACAAGCGUGUUUCUGCAGUGGAACUGUUUCAAAGCAAACUAAUGACCUACCUGUGGAGUUUGCUGCCUCCAGGUUUAAAUAUUACGAUGUGUGAACCUCCUGAAGCUUCUCCCGAGGCCUUUUACAUGCAAGACUGAGGUAAAUUUGGUAAAAAGAAAAAAAAAAGGAAAAAUAUCCUGAAAUAAAAGCUCCAAGCAGUAAA